AUUUGUUUUCCCACCCGCAUUCUACUAAGACCCGCCCUCGGCCUGUGAUUGGCUAGUACUUGUAGUCUUGUUGGUUCUAUUGGUUGGGUUAGCAUGAGGAGUGACAUUGUUGUGUUCAGAGCCAAUCACAGGCAGAGUAGGGGGCGAGUGUUCGUAGAAUGCGGGUGGAGGAAAAAAAUCACACUAGUGAUGUGCCAGCGCAGACGUUCACACCACACAUUGCAAGUAUGGCCGGGGACACUGAGACACAUCUAAGGGACCGGGGCGAGAGCACCGACGUUAUUCGGCAACCUUUUCUCAUCGGUGUCUCCGGAGGCACCGCCAGCGGCAAGUCUUCUGUAUGCGAGAAGAUCAUGGAGCUGCUGGGGCAGAACAAAAUCGACCACCACCAGAGACAGGUGGUGAUCCUCAGCCAGGACAGCUUCUAUAAGGUGCUGACUCCAGACCAGAAGGCCAAGGCUCUAAAGGGCCAGUUUAACUUCGAUCAUCCAGAUGCCUUUGACAAUGAACUGGUAAUGCAAACACUCAGGCAGAUCCUGCAGGGGAAGACUGUCCAGAUCCCAGUUUAUGACUUUGUCAGUCAUUCCAGGAAAGAUGAGUUUAUUACGGUGUAUCCGGCCGAUGUGGUCCUGUUUGAGGGUAUCCUGAUGUUCUACUCACAGGAGAUCAGAGAUCUAUUCCAGAUGAAGCUGUUUGUUGACACAGACCCAGACACACGGCUCUCACGCAGAGUUCUAAGAGACAUCAGUGAACGUGGAAGAGAGCUGGAGCAAGUGCUUGCACAGUACAUCACUUUUGUGAAACCGGCCUUUGAGGAGUUCUGCUUACCAACAAAGAAGUACGCAGAUGUGAUUAUUCCCCGAGGAGCAGAUAACCUUGUGGCAAUCAACUUGAUAGUACAGCACAUCCAAGACAUUCUGAAUGGUGGACUAAGCAAGCGGCACAACGGCUGCAUGAACGGCCACAGCACUCCACGACAGCGGCGGACUUCUGAGUCCAGCAGCCGGCCUCAUUGACCUCAUCGCACCUCUCUUCACAGAGCGGAGAGGGGUGUGGGGGGGUCGCGCUGUAAAUAAUGCCUGUUGGCACCACUGUAUUUAAUGGGGGGGGGGGGGUGGAUGACAUGAGAUGCAAAAAGAAUUGAAAUGCCUUUUAUUAUGACUACUCUUGUUAUUAGUUAUCUUCAUGGUAAUUGUUGAACUAGAUUUUUGUCAGGAAGGUUGAAAGGAAGAAGCUCUGUUAUUGUGAUGAGACCAUGGGUUAAAAUUGACCCCCAUGCAUUUUCCUCCCAGUUUGCAUUUUGUUUAUGUAUCCCCUGCUGCUUCAUGGAAGUUCACGCUGAUGAUGAAUAAAAGAGGGGGGAAAACAUUUUUUUUUUUUUUAAAUGUCUGAUAAAACUUGAACCCUAAUGGCCGGGGCGUGUCAUAAAUGUUUGGGUGAGUUCCAAACGUGAAAGGUGUGGAUUUGAAGAAAGGUUGAGCAAACUGGGAUUGCAUUCUGUAUUUGUACUGACAAUCUUGGAAGUGUUUCCUAUCCUCCCUUUUUUUCAGUGUUAAAGUUCACUCAUUGUGUUACACUGUUUACUACACAAAGUGUCCACCACAUUGGUUCUCUGUAAUGUCUGCUGCAGCAGCAGAAACACACUAUAUGAUUUUUCAGUACUGAUUGUCACGUGCAGAAUAAUGCAGACCAAUGAAGCCAAAGGCUGGAAGGUUCAACCAACUGCUAUAUUAACUCAGUCCAGUGUUGUGGGUAUCGUUACAUUUUUGGGAUGUGUAUCCCCUCUAAUUAAUAGCCUCUUGGUUUAUAUUGACUAUCCCAAUUAAAGCUAAUUUAUACAGGACAUUUUCCAAUCACGAUGAGGUAAUUGAGAUUUGUAUACAAGUUAGUAAUCUUCCCCAGUUAAGAUGGUGCUGCUUGCAUUCACAGUGAAGGCAAAGCUGAUGAAUAUAAGAUAUUACAGUUGUACUCAGGUUGGCGAUACCAUUAUGAAAUGCUCCAAAAUUGUAUGAUGGUGUUCAAAGCCACAGCAAUAUGUUACCCCAGGUGUAUGGCCAUUAACCACAGAGACCCACCACAAUGCCUCUGCAAAGUUGCCUCAGGUUACCGUAUGUACAGUAAGUAUCCACACUAGAAAUGAGUUUCCAUUCUGACACAAGGUUACAACAAUAAAGUUGUUGAUUGAAUUUUGUAUUCCAUGUGCUGAAUUUGUUGUGUAUAGUGUAAUUGGUUGAAUGAUUUGUACGAUGAGAUUUGUACCGUAUGACUGUUGAACUGGCUUGGGGUUGUUUGGUGAUUUGUAACUUGAUUGACGUCGUCAAUUGGCUUUAAUGAUCAAUAAACUUAUGCAGCCGUG